AUGGCGAAGCACACGGUCUCUUCCGCGCGCUUCCGCCGCGUGGAUGUGGACGAGUAUGACGAGAACAAGUUCGUGGAUGAAGAGGACGGUGGCGACGGGCAGGUCGGCCCUGACGAGGGCGAGGUGGACUCGUGCAUCAGGCAAGGGAACAUGAUGGCUGCAUUACAGGCAGCACUGAAAAAUCCUCCAAUCAAUACCAAGAGUCAGGCAGUAAAGGAUCGUGCAGAAAGCAUUGUCCUGAAGGUUUUAAUCUCGUUCAAAGCAAAUGAUAUUGAAAAGGCAGUACAGUCUUUGGAUAAGAAUGGAGUUGAUCUAUUAAUGAAAUACAUCUACAAGGGCUUUGAGAGCCCCUCUGACAACAGCAGCGCUGUCUUACUGCAAUGGCAUGAAAAGGCUCUUGCUGCUGGAGGCGUAGGCUCCAUUGUCCGUGUCUUAACUGCCAGGAAAACUGUUUAAAUCCAGCGAAAAGUGCCCUUCUACUAUGGAUGUGGGAAAUGCUGGUACAAAGACCAAAACAACCAAAUGCCAUCACUGCCCUGUGGGUAGCAUCUGUCUCUCUAUCUCAGCUUGCCUUCUUGCUUUUUCAUAUCUAUGAUGCAUAUCAGACUUUGUUGUUUAAAAUGUUGAAUAAUUAUAGAGGUGCAAUUUUAUUUCUAAAUGGAGUAUUUGGUACUUGCAAAGCAUUUCAGUGACAUAAGUGUUUGCAUAGAAUGAUUUGCAUUUUCAGAAAAUCACAGCAGGAAACAGCACUCCUCCCUGAUGAGUGGGGUUUUUUCUUUUGUUUUUUGGCUAGGCCUUUUGAGCAGAUGGUGGGGAUUGAGGUUAGUGUUCAGAUUCUUUAGCUGAUCAGGCAGCAUUCCAUGUACAAUGUGUUGACUGGGGUAGCUUGCUAAUAACAGAAACUGGACUUCACAUUUUAAAUCAAAUUCUGAAGCUUACAGUAGCAGGCAAAGGUCUGUGAGAAGGCUGAUCAUUAAUAGAUUAAUGUUUUUUCACAGAUAUCUCACACACUUCUUUGAAAUAUAUUACAUGAUUAUUCCACAAGGGGAGAAUGUCACUGUUCCUGUGACAAGCCAUCAAAGACAGGGAAUGAGUUGAUUUUUCUGGAACUCAGUCUAGAGGUGCCUCAUGAUAACCUUAUAAAGUGUACACGUGUUUGGGAAGAACUACAUGUCACACUCAAGAUGGGGCUACUACAAAAAUGUCAUCCCAAUUAUGUGUUCCUUUCUCUCCCCUAACUUGUAGGUUCUCUCAUAUGAUGUAAUCAUAUCAGGACAGGGUGUUUAUCCUUCCCUCAUAUGGCACAUAAUUCCUAAGUCAUUAGCUGCUACUGGCAUAGAAAGAUAAUGUGAUAUCAGAACAUGUUCCUGCAUAUUGCACAGCAGAAGUCAGGGGGAACUUGAUUUGGAAUGACAGUUUUGGCAGAAACCUCAUAUCAAAUGUGAUGUAUAGCACCAUGUUUCAGAUGCAGAAAUUCCUUAAUCAGUGUUCAGGUGUUGGAACCUAGAUGGUCUUGAUGAUCAUCAUGAGAUGAUCUUGAUCACCGGUCCUAAUAUGGUCAUCUUCCAUGCUUUGUUAUAGAAGAAAAUAUUGACCAAGGGGGAAAAAGUGCUUAUAAACUAAAAGUGUGACUUUCCAGAAGAUCUAGUGCAUUCCAGACCUGGAAACAGCUUGAGUGUGAAUGUAUUAAGAGCAAAGCCGACCAGUAUGUUUCAUUUCUACUUAGUGCCAGUUUUGUAUUGCAAUACUGGUAAGGAAUAAUGAAAUUUUUGCUCAUUUUUUAUACCUGCUUUUUUGUAAAAUGAAGAAAAUAAAGGUCACUGUUAAAUAUUUA